GGAAAGGCGACGCCCCCAGUGUUACGACACCGCGGCGUCAUCACAUUGCGACAACGGCGCACAAACCAACUGAAGACGUUGCUAAUGUUGUGAGCUAACCGUAUCUGCUUGGAGGUGGUCUUUAUGUGGACUUAAUGGACCCACUAAGCAGGCGGAGACUUCCUCCGUCUGUGAGGAGUCUUCUGACAGACAUUGGGCCAAAAGAGGAGUCCCACUGUAGUGACUGGUCCGACUCAGAGCCCUGCACCGUGACCAGAGAGGGGGUGGUGCUCCCCUCCAGAGGAGCAGCCAAACAAGAGGAUCUGCUCACACCGGCCAAGGCACGAAACAAGGAGGGUACCCAUGAUGGACAUAACACCAGGCUAAGCCCGGUCUGCGGCUUGUGUAAAUCCAACCCUUCCUGCUACACCUGUCCUCGAUGUAACUUACCUUACUGCGGCUUGGGGUGCUACCGGAGCCCAGACCACUCUGCAUGCUCCGAGGAGUUUUACAAGGAGGCUGUUUUACAGGAGCUGAAGGACAUGGGGCAAACAGAGAUUGAGGGCAGAAGGAAAAUGCAGGACAUUCUCCUGGGACUUCGAAAAAAGGGAGACAGGACAGAGGGAGGAAUGGAAAACGUGUUAAGAGAAGCGGGUAUUGUGUCAAGUGAUGAUGAGGAAGUGGAAGGAGAGGCAAAAGAGAGAGUGCAGGUUUUGGAGCUCCUGUCCAGGUUAGCCGUGCUUCAACAGUCUGGGGAAGGGAGCGCAACAGAGAUUGAGGCUAUACUGAGAAAACUCAAAGAGAUUGGAGGAAGGCAGGGUGCAGAUGAAGAGCUGCUGGCUGCAGAUGAUGAUAAUGAUGAAGAUGGAGAGCUGAGUGAGGGAGUUGAGGGCUCAGAGCAGGAGCUUGACUUAGCUCAUAGACUCUCAGGACUGGAUAUCGAUACGCUCUCAGAAGAGGAGAUAUGGGAGCUCCUAAACAGCCAAGAGAAAGAGAAAUUUGUGGAUUUGAUCAAGGGUGGGGCUGUUGGUGGUUUGGUUCCCCUGUGGAAACCAUGGUGGGAGGCACAUGAGGAGGGAGGGGGGAAGCUGGUGGAGGUACUGGGGGAAGAGUUGAGCGAACAGGAGGGAGGCAGCACAGUGGCAGGAGAAGCACAUGAGCCUGCAGUGUCCUGCUGUGUUAAAAGACUUACUGAUAAACACGGAAUUGAAAAUAAAGUCAAGAAAUCACCAGAAAUUGUUCAGAAUGAAAGUAAAUCAGCAGGAAAGGUGAGAAAUGUUAACAAAGGAAAUAGAAAGGACACAAAUAAAGUCACAGCAACAAGUUCAGCUGUUUCCAGCGUGCCUCCUAUUUCUGUAAAAAUCCCAAAGCUGAGUUCCUUGUCCAGCAAUCCAUCUCCUCUCAUACGCUACAGCUUGGUCAAUGCACUGUUUGGCUACACCUUCACCAUGUGCCUGUUCAACGGCGACAUUGAGUCACUGAUGCUUGAGUUCUGUGACACGAUCCUGUCUGUGUCUGAGGCGCUCAACUCAAGCAGGGUGUUCAACUCUGUUCAAGAGGCCGUAGAGAGUGGAGAGGCUGCUCUCUUGGCUGGGGGUUACUUUGACAGGGAGGAUCCUCAUGCCCCAGCCAGGGCGGUGGAGGCUGUGGCUCACAUCAUGACCGGUAGAAGCAGGAGGGAUGCUGCUGGAUACUGCCUGGCAGGCUUGAGUCAGCUCCGCUCCGUGCUCUCCAAGGCCAGAGCAGCACUGCCCAAAGGAGAGGAUGGCGGAAAGAGACAGAAGUACUUCCUAGCAGGGAAGAAAUGUGAAUUCUUUCAGGCAUGGGCGCUGGAAAGUUCUCAGCAGAUUCGCAGACUUGCUAUGGAGCUGUGGAAUGAACACGGUAAAAAGCAGAGUGAAAGAAAUAUCAUGGACAAGGCGAAGACAGCAGUCGAGGAGAGCUUGAAGAAAAGAGAAAGGAAAGGUGUGUUAAUUGAGGAACUGAGCUGACGGAGGCUUUCUUGCACAUACUGUUUUUAACAGUUUUAACAUUGUAAUAAAAUAUGCAAUGCUCUGUUGCUGUAAAAUAAUAAUAAUAAAAAAACAAUGCUACAAAGUC